UAUGUAUAAAUAUAAGGGGUAAUGACGAAAUAAGAGACUAGUGUACUGGAGAGCAUUACGCCAUUACCUAUUUAAUGCUUUAGAAACUGGGGAAAUAUGUAUGAAUCUGGUUUUAAUUAUCCAAAAAUUCAUCCCAAAAAAUUAAAAAUUUAGCCUUCCCAGAAAAAGAAAAAAAAAAAAAAAGGAGAAAAAAUUAAAUACGGCUUUCUAUCUAGUCACCAUUUGUGGUUUCGUACCAACACGAAACAGCACAGCACCCAUCUAUACAAAUUUACCACAACCACCUACCAUUUAGAGAGAGAAAGUAGAGAGAGAGAAGAGAGAGAGGGGAAAUAAACGACCCUCGAAAAUAUAUUCCUGGAAUCUUCUUUCAGAACAACAAAUUCGGCGAUUGUACUCAGUUUCUUUUGAGCUCUGAUAUAUAUAUUUAUAUUUAUAUAUAUCUGGGUGCGCGGAUUUCUUCUUCCUUCCUGCUGGGAAAUUCGCGAAUUCUUGGAUAUAUAAUCAAUCGCCAAUUUCAAGAACUGGAAAAAAAUGAUUGAGAGUUCUGCUUUGCUCGGUGGAAUACAUUUUGUUUGAUAUUGAUUAGGGAUUGCAAGAUAUCCCUUUUUAAUUUUUGAAAAUAGUUUUCGAUUUUGGGGGUGGGUAUUUUUGCAAGGGAAAAGGAAAGAAAAUGAAUGUGGUUGGUAAAGUUAGCAGCUUCAUAACCCAAGGAGUGUACUCGGUUGCAACCCCGUUUCACCCAUUCGGUGGUGCAGUUGACAUAAUUGUCGUUAAGCAGCACGACGGAACUUUUAGAAGCACACCUUGGUAUGUCCGUUUCGGUAAAUUCCAAGGUGUUCUUAAAGGAGCAGAGAAGGUAGUGCGGAUAGAAGUCAAUGGCGUCGAAUCGAAUUUCCACAUGCAUCUCGAUAACUCCGGCGAAGCAUAUUUCGUUAGAGAAGUGGAUUCAGACAAGGACGCCGCCGAGGGAUUUAAGGAAUCGGACAAUCUCGAAGUGGGAAGAGAGGAUAAUGGCACUGAAUAUAGCACAAUCGAAAGCGGUUCGAAAGGGAACGAUUAUUUCAGACAAGACAGUGCCGAUUUUAACGAUGCUGAUGUGGAUGUGAGGGAUGAACGUGCGCCCCUCGGUAUGGACCGGUUAGAGAGAACCGAAUCCGAUAGUGAUCGGAUAUUUUACGAGUUUCAAGAUGAACAGUCUUCUCUGGAGGGUUCGGUUGAGUUUUCUGAAUAUGGUUCGAGUAGAUACGAUAAUUUAGAUAGUGUUGAGCAUGCAUUGGAAUCGCAAGAUUCGGAUUCGGAAGUAAUCUUGGUUAGUGUGGAUGGUCAUAUACUUACAGCGCCUAUAUUGUCCACUGAGACGAACGCCGAAAAUGUUCAGUUGAGUACGCCUCAGUUUCACCUUGGACCUGGUAAAGGGACUGAAGAGUAUAAUAGAGACGAUGAUACGUGGACUGCUGAUUAUUUAACUGAGCUCGAUCCUUCAAUACCUAAUGUUACUAGUGAAAAUAUUUGUGAAGUGAACAAAGAGCUUUCGAUUGAGGGCAAUUCGGAAAAUAAAUCGGGGAGGUUUAUAAGGCACGAGGUUUUUAAAAGUUGCUUGGAUCUCCCACAAUUGUCUGUUCAGUCUACCAAUGCCGAUCGGGAAAAUGAGGGUUCUUCGGGGAAGGUUCUUGAUGAUCCAAAUAAAGAUUCUCCUUCGAGUUCUUCGAUAAACGAUGAACCCGAAAAGGGUAAUCUUGAAAUAUCAAGAUAUGACGAUGAAUUAUCUUCACCAGAGUUACAUCAUGUCCAUGAUGAUUCUGCAACAAUUGUGGAUAGCAAAGACUCUCCAUCGAGUUCAUUGAUAAACGAUGAGCUUGAAAAGGGCAAUCUUGAAAUGUCAAGAAAUGAUGAUGAAUUAUCGUCCAAUCAUUCUGAAAUAAAUGUGGAUGACGAUGGUUCUGAAACAACCGUUAGCAAUAAUAAUCAAGAAGCAGUGAAACAAGUCGAAGAAAUGAAGCCAGAUUUAUCUACAGGGGUGGAAAUAUCUCUAUGUGGAAAACUGCUCCACACUGGAAUGGGAUCGGACGCAGCAGAAAAAAUCUUCGAGGAAAACCGAAUUUCAAUGGAGGCGUUCAAACUUUCCGGAGAUGAAAUUCUGAAGGACGAGAACCUAAUUGUAAGAAUACGAGGGAAGUAUUUACAAUGGGAUAAAGCUGCACAUACAAUUCUUGGUAUGGCAGCUUUUGGUUUGGAUCCACAAGUUGAACUGCAUGAUGUCAUAUCUGUGGAACAGGAUAAUAACAAUAAAACGGAAGCAAAGGAGGAUGAAUUAGGAAUGCCUUCGACUCCUUCUAGAAGAUGGAGGCUCUGGCCAAUCCCGUUUAGGAGGGUUAAGACGUUAGAGCAUAGCCACUCUGCGAAUGAGGAUGUUUUUGUUGAUUCGGACUCGAUUUCGAACUCGGUUUCGACUCCCACUUCAGCCACUGCUAAGUCUCCUCGUAAGCAAAUUUUGAGGACGAAUGUGCCGACUACUGAUCAAAUUGCGUCGUUGAAUCUUAAAGAGGGGCAGAAUAUGGUGAAUUUUAUUUUUUCGACUAGGGUUCUUGGAUCACAGAAGGUGGAAGCUCAUAUAUACUUGUGGAAGUGGAAUACGCGGAUUGUGAUUUCCGAUGUGGAUGGGACAAUUACUAAGUCUGAUGUUCUUGGACAGUUUAUGCCUCUGGUUGGAAAAGACUGGACGCAUUCUGGGAUAGCUCGUCUUUUUUCUGCAAUUAAGGAAAACGGGUACCAGCUCUUAUUUCUGAGUGCACGUGCAAUUGUUCAAGCAUACUUAACGAAAAGUUUUCUCUUCAAUCUCAAGCAGGAUGGGAAAAGCUUACCGAAUGGACCUGUUGUUAUUUCCCCUGACGGUUUAUUUCCUUCAUUGUAUCGAGAAGUAAUUAGAAGAGCUCCACACGAGUUCAAAAUUGCAUGUUUGGAGGAUAUUAAGGCUCUAUUCCCCCCUGAUUACAAUCCAUUUUACGCGGGAUUUGGUAACAGAGAUACUGACGAGCUUAGCUACCGAAAAAUCGGCAUUCCAAAGGGCAAGAUCUUUAUAAUUAACCCCAAGGGUGAGGUGGCAAUUAAUCACCGUAUUGAUGUGAAAUCGUACACUUCUCUGCAUACACUGGUGCAUGACAUGUUCCCACCGACAUCACUCGUUGAGCAGCAGGAAGAUUACAACUCAUGGAAUUACUGGAAAAUGCCAUUGCCCGACAUUGAUUAACUUCUAGAAGCUUCCGUUUCUCCGAGACAAGUAUUCUUCGAUUCAUCGUUUUUCCUUCUUAAGAAUGUUCUUUUUUUGGGGGGGCUGUGCUCGUUAUUAUGUGUAGAAAGAAAACUCAUUUGUGUAAACCGUAGACCAACCAUGUUGUACGAAAAAAAGGAGGUUUACAAAGUUCCUUAACAAAUAAAGCAGCUGUUGCUAUUGUAUUAUUUUUCUUCCAUAUUGUUUUUUUUUUUUU